AUGACGCUCGAGCGAGUGGCGCGGUCCGUGCUGCAAGGAAUUUGCCGCUCCUGCCACCUGCGCGUCCACACCAGCACCUUCCUGCAGCUCCUGGAGGACAUCCCCUUGAGGCAGAACGCGCAGUCAUGCUCCACUCUGCAGGCCGUGAAGUAUGUGCGAGCCGCCUUGGAGCCCGGGGCCAGUGACAGCCCCCCACUGGCAUGGCCACAGGAGUGCACUAUUGCCCCAGGGGUGGUCACAGUUGUCAGGUCACGGCCGGCCCAGGACCCUGACCGGGGGACCCCCAAUUCCAAACUGCAGGUCAAGGACAGGACGGGGACAUGGAUUGAUGUGAAACUGAGGGAGGAUGAAGUGGCGGUCUUCCUGGGGAGGACUGCCCAGGUGGCCAGCUGUGGGCUGCUGAAGGCCAGCACCUACCGACUGGUGGGCGAGCUGCAGAAGGGCACUGGGCACCAGAACUUGGAGUUCCACCUGCGCGCGCGGCCGGACGCCGACCUGAACCUGUCAAAGCAGCUCGAGGCUGCCGGCCAUCACCUGCCAGAACGGCACGAGGAUGGCAUGAAUGACCUGGUGCGCAAGUUCUCUGCGGUGCUGACGCCGCCAAACCACACGCCGCCCAACCGGAUCCAAGGCCGCGGCAGGCCCAGCGUAGAGUCCAUGGAGAUGCGCACCAUCCCCUCCACAGACCUGCAGCGCAGGAGCAGGAAGCGUGUGUCAGGAGAACUGCCACGCGCCCCCUCACCUGUCACCCGCUCUGGCAAGGUGGCGCGCACGAGCGCUGGCCUGGUCAACAAGGAGCACCGAUUGUGCAGCCGCGGCGCGGACGGCGCCGGGACAUCAAUGGAGGAGGACGGCGGUGAGCUGGCGGCUGAAGAGGCACAGGAAGGCGCUGAGCUGGCAGAGGACGUGCUGUGCGUGACCGUGGACGGCAAGGGCGCCAACACGAGCAGAUUCAUCACCCUGCACAUGAUCUAUGAAGCCACCGAGACUGAGGUGGCCCUGCGCACGCACCCAAAGACCUCCCUGGCGCGCCUGUUUGAGGUCUUCUGCGACACAGUGGGCGCGAAUCUGUCCACCGUCAAGUUCAUGUACAACGGCGAGCGCCUCAGCGGCAGCCACACCUGCCGCCAGCUGUCAAACCUGGACGAGGCCAUCUUUGUCAGCGAUGUGGAGUGCUGAGAGGCAGGGGAUAUCGAGCUGAAACUGGCUGUGCGGAUUGGCCCCCUUUGCAGAGCGCACAUGCAAGCUGAUGGCUUGUACACGCUCUAGCAACAUGUGGGAGUCCUCCAUCUCUGCACUGCAGAAUCUGUAGGCAGCAGCACAGCGACAUUGAACUUCUUUUUCUAAACGCACUGCAGUGGUAGAUCUGUGAGUGUGGGAGGC